CUCUCCUCUCAUGCCUCGAGAAUCGAGAAAAGAAUCUUGGAGGGGGGUUCAAAUCACCAUUAAUUGGAAAAGCAUAGCUACUCGGAGGCCCUGGUCCUUCUAUUUUCCCCCUUCUCCAAUUAAAAGCGGACAUCGUCACAACCGAGCGGCGGGCGCCCGGGUCUCGAAAACUGCAGUCCUAGGUCGUUCGUCACAUGCUGACUGGGGCUCUGGUGGUGGUAUCAGGGGUUGUGCAAGACCUCGUACUACGAAAAAGAUCACAACAUACCCUGAACACGGCGAUUCAAUUGUCCCGUGUCGGGCGUGAAAUUUGAAACCCAGCAGCCUUUUUUUCAGCGAGAAACCCUAAUCUUAGGCGUCGCUUGGCACCGGCCUCUGGCACAGAAUCCUGAUUCCUACGGGGAACCUGUCUCGACGAAGCGUCAUCCGAAAAGGCGCCCAAGUCGCAUCACAACAACUGGGAGAAUGGAUGAGAAGAGGCACUAAUACUUUGUAAGGCGCAGAAAACAAACGGGCAAUAGUACUGAUGCACGUUGUCUACAGCGGUGUAAAUCUGGCAUGAGAACAAACUCGCUAAGCGUGGACAAGCAGCACCAAGAACCUAGUCUGCGCGAUUCUCGACUAACUCGUCUAGUCGCCAUCCGCACGAGAAAGUGUUAUCCAGUUACUUAUAUCCCGCCUGGCUCCCCUGGAAAGCCACCAACACAUUGCCCUAGCUCGAUCCUCCACUUGUGUCCAAGACUUGGUGUAUAAAUGGGUGCCUAUGCUGCCCUCAUACACCUACCUGCCUAGCCACGGCCACUCCGAUACCCCCUCUCGUUGCACUUCUGUUCCAUGCGCUUUCACAUAAUUGCCUAACUAUGAGUACUGACUAUCAGGUUAUGGACUACUAGUAUGAGGCCAGCCUCCCCCACGUUCUCAACUUCCUUCAUCUCUCUCCCGAUCGAUUCGCCAGACAGAUUACACCAUCAUCCCGGCCCCGAGAAGCUCCCCUCUCGGACCUCAGUAACUCAUGCAACGGGAACGAAAGUACAGGAACAUCCUUCCAAGUCCUCCACCAACCACCAACGAGAACCUUGCCAACGAGGAUGGCGAGGCUCUCUCAGGGAAUCCCAACGGCCAAGAGGGCUCCAAGAGGAAGCGUCAAGCGACCACUAGGGCCUGCAACAGCUGUCACGAGAAGAAGAUAGGGGUAAUCCCUCAUGCUUCCACUUUAUUUGACACACCUGGGUCCUUCUUUGGCAGUGGAGCAUUCGUGCGUUAUGGGUUGGGUGUUGUAGGUUGUUGAUAUUACCCAUCGCAACUCCGUUUAAGCUUCACACACCCCCCCCUCGCGAACACGCUUGGAAAACCAUUCACGGAUGUUGCUGAGG